AUGCCCAUCCAGAUAUUUUGCACCAUCUCCUUCUCUUCGAACAAAGAGAAGCACGCCGAGGUCAAGUGUGCGACGGAGAGCAAUGGUGACAAACCCCCCUACGAACAGCAAGAGCCAGAAGCCAUGGAGCAAGCCUAUGAGGAUGGAGAGGAACCAGAGGAGGAGGAGGAGGAGAAGGAGAAGGACGAAGACGAAGAAGGAAGCGCUCCAAACCUGGUGGACUUUGCCAACAGCUGCACUUUGCACGGCGUCAACCAUAUCUUCGUAGAAGGCAGCUUUGGCGUGCGCCAGGCCCUCUGGAUGUGCGCGUUCCUGAUCUCCCUCUCCAUCUUCUUGUCCCAGGUAGCUGGGCGGAUUUUCUACUACCUGGAAUAUCAUCACGUGACGCAGCUGGACGAAAUGGAGAGCGCCGAGAUGGUCUUCCCCGCCAUCACGCUCUGCAACAUCAACCGCAUCCGGGGCUCCCAGCUCACCUUCGAUGACCUGUCCUAUAUCUCUCCGCUCGUGGGCUAUGACCCCGGCGCCUACCUGGAAGCGGGCUUCCCAUUGGCCUUGCCUGACCUGGAGGGCCCCGAGGAGCCUCUCAACCUGUACAGCUUUUACGACCGCCAUGGCCACGAACUUGAGGACAUGAUGCUGGCCUGUAAAUACCGUGGUAAGGACUGCGGUCCCAGUGACUUCACCGUGGUGAGUGGCUUGCGCAUCAGCCCCUAG